AUGCUGAGGCCCCGCGGAGGCGCCCGGCUGGGCCUGCGCCGCUCUCUGCUGGCCGCAGUGGGAAGGGCCGGGCUCACCCGCGGGGCUGCUCCGUACCUACCCGAUGGGGUAAAAGCAGCUGAUGACACGCACUUCCAGCGAGACAGCCGACCGUGUGCACUAACAGAGAUCCGCGACGACUCCAGAGCGGACGCUCCCCCGCCCCCCGCCCCCCCCAAACCGCGCCCGGGUCCCCCCACCUCCAUCCUGCGCUGGCAGGGAGAACGGGCGCCACCACCGAGGCGCAGGGCACCUGGAGAGCUGCUUCCGAGGCCCGCGUCGCUCCUGUUAGCCCCAGAAGGGAAGGACAGUGCUCUGCCCACGAUGCUGGUGGCAGCUUACUCACCCCCUCGAGGCAUGGUGCGCCUACGCACGAGUGUGCGGGAGCCUGGCUCGCUUGUGACCUGGGGCAACUGUUUCGCUGGAAUUCACUCAUCGGUGACGUUAGACUUCUCUCGUCAUGAGGGUGUGAUAGACCCAGACAUGAGGAUCACCUGGCCCCGUGGAGGACGCCCCCGGACCGCUGUGGAGCUCCUCCUAUCACGCUCACGCAGGGCAACUCGGGGUCCUGAGGUGCUUGCCUCCCUGGGAAGGCCUCUGUCACAGUCGGCCUGGGAAUGCCGCUGGCCCGCCUCCCGAGGGUCUCCCUCCAUUGCUGUGGGUGCUGGCCUCGCGUUACUGUGCUCUGCUGAGCCCCGAGGCCACGGGGGGAGCGGCCCCUUCCAGCAGCACUGGGUUGUGUGUGUGGGGAUGCGGAGUCUUGCAGCCCCCUCCCGUCUCCGCACAGGAGCCACUCCCUCUGUGGGGGCGCCAUCCGUGCUGCUGGGGUCUCACUCCGAUCCCCCAGCCGUCCUGCUAUACAAUUGUUAUUACGCGAUUAUUGCUUACAGCUGCCUACGGGCUCAGCCGGCUACUGGAGAAGAGCGGCCAGAGGUUGGCUGCGGCCGGCACUGGGCCGGUUCGCACCCUGGGAGAUUUCUGGGGGGCGGGGAGACGGGUGAGGGGCAGUCCUGUAGAGGGGCGCGGGCAGCAACCGGGGGAACCUGCGUGCGCCGCUGGCCCCCACGACCGCCAGCGUCCUCAAGCCCCGUGGAGGUUUUGCAGGACUCGCCUCGGGUCUCUAGCCAGCACGUUACCCUCAGAGGCUGCGCUCUCGAGCGGCCGGGACUGGAGGCGGAUGCGCCCAGUGUGGAGGACGAGGAGCUCGGGUCGCCGGGCCGGGUCGGGUAG